AUGGUAGUAGAGUCACUGCGCGCAUUCCCCGCCAUCACGGAACAGGAGUUUGCCCACGCGUGCGCCGCCCUGGAACAGAGGAGUGCGGACAAGGUCAGCGACACGGAUUGGUUGGGCGUCAGGUGGACGGGAGAAGAGUUGUUGAUCAGCGAGAAACGGAAGAGAACCGGCAACGAGGGCAGCAGAGACGCUCCCAAUGAUCACAAUGACGGGCAAAGUGAUGAGAUAAUGGAGACUGAUAUCGAAGAUUGCAUUGUUAGAGAUAGUUCUGUGGAGAGAAUUGACAACUUGGAGUCUCUCACUGUUGAUUUUUCCGUUACCUUGUCUCCAGUCUACACGGUACCUGUUCUUUGGUUUGCAUGCCGAAACGGCCAGGACAAGAAGGCGUUGAGUCUGGAGCAGGUGUAUGACUGGUUGGUGCCGGAAUCAUCACUCGCUUCGCUGCAUGGAGUGGGCGUAAUGGGAGGUAUCAGUAUGGCGCACCACCCUGUCUCGGAUCUGCCAGCAUUCUUCUUACAUCCAUGCAACACCCAAGGCGCCCUGUCAGCUUUUAAACCCAAGUCUCUCACCCCGGAGGAAUAUCUGAUUCUUUGGUUGGGGUUGAUUGGGUCUGCCGUGGGCCUGCAUAUUCCUAGUAAGCUUCUGAGCAGCUAG